UUCGGGGCGGGCGCUCCGAGGCUAGAGGGAAGGAGAAGGGAUCAGGAGCGGGAGCUGAGGGGAGAGAGAGGCCGGUCCGGGUCUGGCCGCUGCCGCUGCUCGCCGGAGGUCUCCAGGCCCGGCUGCAGCUCAGUCCUCGGCUCCUGGUCACUGUCUACGAGGCUCCUCCGGGCCAGCGUGGGAGAGCCGCGGGCGGCGGUCGCCGCAUCAUGUCAGCCAAGGACGACCGGGCCAGGGAGAUCCUGAGGGGCUUCAAACUAAAUUGGAUGAACCUUCGGGAUGCUGAGACAGGGAAGAUACUCUGGCAAGGAACAGAAGACCUGUCCAUCCCCGGAGUGGAGCAUGAAGCCCGUGUUCCCAAGAAAAUCCUCAAGUGCAAGGCAGUGUCUCGAGAAUUGAACUUCUCCUCAGCAGAGCAAAUGGAAAAAUUCCGCUUGGAACAAAAAGUUUACUUCAAAGGGCAAUGCCUAGAAGAGUGGUUCUUCGAGUUUGGCUUUGUGAUCCCUAAUUCCACAAACACCUGGCAGUCCCUGAUAGAGGCAGCACCCGAGUCCCAGAUGAUGCCAGCCAGCGUGCUAACUGGGAAUGUUAUCAUAGAGACAAAGUUUUUUGACGACGAUCUUCUCGUAAGCACAUCCAGAGUGAGACUUUUCUACGUUUGAGAGACGAAUAUGUGUGCGUUUCAAGAAUUUGGGUUUUUUGGGGGGGAAGGAGGAAACCAUUUACUUUUUUCCUCCACACUUUUGAUUUUUGACACUUCUACCCCUAAUUCCCUCUACGACAAAACCCACCUGUGGCCACCAGGGGACCAGCGCUGUGUAGGUAACCAGAUGGCUUUUUUCUCCCAAGCUGCCAUCUUCCACUGACCAGACUAAACUCCCAACCCCAGACCAGGGCAGAGGGCAUGCCUCGACUUCUCCCAGAGUAAACAUGGGGACGGACACAUACCACAAGCUGAUGCUGUUCCUGUCACCCUCCCUACCUCCUCCUUGGGCCCAGCAGGCAACACAUCUUCUUUGGUCCCUAGUUUUGGAAAAAUCCAUGUUGCUGACCCCUGUUUAGUUUUUUCCUACCAUUUCUAUUUCAUACAUUCUCAUACAUUUAACUUGUAAAAUAGACUGUGAUAUUAUUAUUACGUAAUGAAUUAAAACAUAUGAAUUAAAAUAUUCCUACAAUCUUUAGCAUGGCA